GGCUGGCGGCGGCUGUUUGAAGAUGGCGGCCGCGCCCGCCGCCUACUGGAGCCGGGACGUUUCAGACGAGGAGCAGCUAUUGGCUUACGUUCCAGGCAUCUCCGCGGAAAACACCUCAACGAGACACCCAGCGAGAAAUCACAAAACUGACAUCAAGUUGAAGACCGCCUCAUCUGUUGCUCCGGCCUCCAUGGAUGCCUUCAAAGGUGCAGGAGACCCAACACAUCAACAGGCUGUUCAUGACGGAGGAAUAAAGAGUGCAUCACUGAAGGAUUUAUGUCCCGAGGACAAGAGACGUAUUGCAAACUUAAUUAAAGAGCUUGCUAGGGUGAGUGAGGAAAAGGAAGUGACAGAAGAACGACUAAAAGCCGAACAGGAAUCAUUUGAGAAGAAGAUCAGACAGCUGGAGGAGCAGAACGAACUGAUCAUCAAAGAAAGGGAAGCUCUUCAGCAGCAAUACAGGGAAUGCCAGGAACUGCUGAGCCUUUAUCAGAAAUAUCUGUCGGAACAGCAAGAGAAGCUCACUCUGUCCCUCUCCGAACUUAGCGCGGCCAGAUUGAAGGAGCAACAGGCGCUGAACCAAAACCCUUGCCGCUCUCUGCCUCAAGGACUGGAUGGUUCUUACCUGAGCAUAGCAAGGCCACAGAUCCAUCUCCCAGCUUCCCAAAGGCCAAACGCUGGGCUUGCCAGUUCAGCUUCAGGAUCCCUUCAACCCUGCCGAAAUGACCAUUCUCCCAGGGCAGCGACUGUGUGUAGCCCCCACGAGACCCUGGGUGGGGGUCCGGCGGAGUGCCGUUCUUCUGAAAAAUGUAACCGUCGACCUUCGCCCGUCAAGCCGGUGGCUGCCCCCGCGAGCCAGAGGAUGAACGGAUCUCUGAAACCGUGUUCUCUUCCUGUCGAUAAGUCCCGGGGGUGGAAUGGUCCUCAAGAUGCUGAGCGGGUGCCAGGUAUGCAGCAGGCAGGGCAUAUAGCCAAGGGGCACUCCAGGAGGCAUGACAAAUUGUGCAAUUACUGUGUGUUCGCCCGGGCGUCCGUCCCGGACGGCCGCGCGGUCCCAGAGCCCAGAAGAGACGAUGAUCGGAGGGCGCUCUCCGAAGAAAAAAGGCAGCAACUUCUGCUUCAGAAAAUGGAACUGGAGGUGGAAAAGGAGCGUCUGCAGCAUCUGUUGGCUCAGCAGGAAACCCAGCUUCUCCUGAAACAGCAGCAGCUCCACCAGUCCAGGCUGGAUUACAACAGGUUUAGAGGCCAAGCUGCAUUUAAUUCAGAAGAAUUGGUCAUUGAUGAAGCGCCGGUUAAACCAGGAGAGCCACGGCUGGUGAUGAAUGGUACCGGUGGGCGACAAAGCUCAGCCAAGUCCAAGUGGGAUGGUCUUCCUGGGACUCCACUGCCCAGCAAAGGUGGCAAAGCACUGAACACCAACAAUGGGAGCAGUGCGGGAGAGAAAGCAGUUGGGUUUCGGUCACGUGCAGAAGAUAAUGCCCUCUGGGGAUGUCGGAGAAAGGAUACUUGCAGCUCCGGAAGAGGUGUAGCUUCAGGGUCUAGAAAAGAUGUGUCCACCUCCCCUGGGCUGACCAGCAGCUGGAAGGAGCUUGUAAACACCGCCACAUCGCCUAUCCAACGUGACACUCAACGGUACGAGGCCUCGCUCUUGGACCUGAUUCAAGCCCUGAGCCCCAUCUCUACACCCAGACCCCAGCUGCCUUCCUCUAGGUACCCGCACGGCCGGCUCCUGAACCCCAGCCCCUCCCGAGCUAGUCACCAGCACCCCGGCUGGGGUCUGGCGGGCUGGUGCAGCCCAGCUGAAGAGUUGGAAGAGAGCCGGAUCCUGGAAGACAUCUUCUUUAUCUGAUGCUGACCAGCGGGCUACAAGUUUUCUAUAGGGUUUGGGCUUGGACUUCCUGUCUCGGCUAUGGGUUUGUUUCAUGAAUCACCGGCAAUGACUGAACAAGGAACUGGGCCCCCUCCCCGAAUCCCUCACUCAGCAGUGGGCCUUCUGUGCCAUCUGCAAUGUCCUCGUAGCCUGAGUCCAGUCUGAAGGGGUAAGCUUAGCAAGCGCUUUUCGGGCUCCACAGAGUGAUUUUUUAAGCGAGCAGAAGACAUUUUUUCCCCUGAGUCCCAGAGCCAACGGGAGUUACUCUGUAUCCAGUCCCGUGUCCCGAGUCAGUUUCAUUCAGGGCCUUCAUUCUGGUCACCAUUUCCGGAGGGCCGUCCCAAAAGUAUGGGGAGCUCUCACUGGGGUUUAAAGAUCAUUUUGCACUAAACAGCAGAUUCUUUGUCAGCUAGGGGCUUCCACAGUACCAGCUCUUGAACUUACCCAGAGCAGUGCUUUCCCUUACGACUCUUCUCCAUGUUGCAGCGCCAGUUGAGGCUGGUCUUUUGGGGCAGUCUGCCCCCCUGCCCCCCAACUCCUCGUGGGGGGGCAGCCUGGCCUGGCUCCACCAGAUUGACACACAUUGAUGGGCAAGGUGGUGGUGGUGGCAGUGGCAAUGGCAGAGGCAGCACCAAGGAAACCUAGAUCUUGCCCUCUGAACGAGGCAGGAGAGACCAAUGUUGUCACAGGGCAGGGAGUUUUCAGUGCCCUUCCAUCAGGGCGAGAGACUGAUUCCGAGACCUUCUUCCACAGACUUGCACUAAUUUGAGAGCACCACCUUGCCGUCCUGUCAGGAGGACCACUCUAAUUAUUUCCACUAGCCGCCCGGAACACACAUUUCCCCUUUCAGCCUUCAAUUAUUCAUGCCGAAUCUAUUUCCAUCCGUCCGCUUGCUCUCCCUUCGGCUGCAAGCCCUUGUUGUUUCGGGAAGCCUGCCAAACGGGGAAAAACGGCAGCAGAUGGCCGCAGGCCGGGGUCAUCGUCUGUCCCAGGGUGCAGCGCUCCAGAGGGUUGAGCCCGGCGGUCUCCUCUGUCACUCAUCCCCAAGAAGUGUGGGCCUGAAAUAGGCCUUCGGAAGGAGGGAGAGAGACGGGGCCGGGCAUGGACCCUAUCGGGGGCUCAUUCUGGACCACUGAGCCGAUGCUGUGCUGCGGCCUCUCCCUGAUCCCAGGGACUGGUCGUGUUUUCAGACAGGGAGUUCCCCUGGGCGAGUUUGAACCUCCCCUACUGCCAGGCUGAAAGCCCUUCCCCCUCAUUGGAAUAUGGCCAGGCCCAGUUGGUUCCAAAAGGGAGUUGAGCAAUGGAGGUUGCCCUCCCAGGGUAGAUAGCAGGUGGAGCAGGGGCCUGUGGCCCUGAGAACUAGGUGUAAAGAUCUAUUCCUCGUUAUCCUCAGCCGCAACCACCUGUCCCCAGGUGUAACCCCAUUCCCCAAUAAUCUGUGUCCCCACCCACCUGUCCCUAGGUGUAACAUCUCUUCCUUCUAAAUCUCAGGCCAACCACCAGCCCCCAGCUGUAACAUCUGUCCCUCAUUAUCCUCUGCCCCAACUACCACUUGCUGCUGGAAAUACUCUUUCUGGGAGUCCCAUCUUCCAGUCUGGACCUUCUGCUCUGAGCUCCUCCAGCCCUCUGCCUGCUGCUGCCACCUCCCAAGCCUGGGGGAGCGUGUCAUUGUGGCCACUCCAUUCCAGACUCUUCCCUUAUCCCACCAUAGGGACUUCAUGGUCGAAUCCUUUUCCCCAGCAGCAGGCCAACCUGCAGCCUUCCGGGGGGCCCAUCUUGGGGACUCCGGGCAGAAUCACCCCAUGGAGAACAGCCGGGACUGUGUAGGAGCACCUGAGAGGCCCUGGCUGCUCCUUCUCCUGGGGCCAGCUAGGGGAGCCAAGGCUUCCGUGGAGGGAGGAGGGGGUAGGUCGACUUCUUCCAGGCUGCUCCCUGGCCCACUCAGUGAUUUGCAUCUAAUUAGCUCCCUGAGGCAACUGACCUUGUCACCCCAAUGCCACAGCUCAAUCCUUGUCCUGAGACCGGGGCUGGCCUUGAACCCGUGGACUUGGGAGCAGAGGGUAAACAACGACAGUACAGCUCCUGUCAGGAGGCCCGAAGAAGCCUCUGCUUUCACAUUCCCCAUUCCUGGACUUAGUGGGUCAUCUCUUGCCAGAGAUGGACUGAAUUCUCCAGCGAUAGCCCUCCUUCCGUGUUUGAGGGUUCCGUGUUUGGCCCCAGCUAGGGUAGAGGGCACAGGGUGAAUGUGAUCAGCAGCUAGUGCGACCCAUGCUGAUGCUGAAGCCCCUCGCUCAGGACCCAGGGAGUUCUCUCCUCCCAUGGGGCUCCAGGCUGUGGGGAGUGGAGAUGGCCAGUUCCUGCCUCAUUCCCCAUGUGUGUCCUCAUGUCUCCCAAGCCAGGUCUGGGAAGGGCUUGGGUCCUCUCCCUGGAUCUGGCCAUGGGGACCACCACUGGGACCCGGAGGGGCCCGGCCUGUACCAUGGUAGAGCCCCAAUUUGUCCACUGUACAGGGAGUAAGAUAGAAGAUUUGCCACAGAUCACAGAGAAAAAGGUAUCACUGAACAAACCAAGGGGAAUCCAUGGAGCGUUCCUAUCUCCGGCUCUAAAGGAGUCCAAAUGAGCUUGCAGAAUUCCCAGUGGCAUUCGGACAGGGAGCCCGAAGGCUUUGUGGUCCCUUUUUAGGGAUCUCGGGCAAGAGGGCUGGGCAGGGGGAGGCUGUCCUCACUCCAACUGGCACAGACCCUUGUUCAUCAGGUUGCAUUUCUUGAAACCAGUAUACAGUGAUAACCCGUUGGAUUCCUGGCUUUUGGCAUUACCAGGAGAAACUCCCUCUCACAGAUGUUUGUCCUGCAGCUUCCAUUCUGUCCAGGGAAUCUGAUCUGCCCAGCGGCAGUCCAUUCCAGGAGCAGCCCAUGCCACCCCUUUCUUGCUUCCUUUGCUGGGCCUGGGAGCUGCAGGGAA